GGUGGAGUAGUAGCCAUGGCAACCUUCCUGUUGUCUUCCGUGAGCGUGCGCUAAUCUCGCGUGUAGUGCGCAUGCGUGUCGAAUAAACUUCAACCCCAGGUGAAGAGGAGCUAAUUGUGUACUGAAGAAAACUUCGCUACAAUGGCGCAUUACAGAGCCUCAGAGUCGAAGCGGGAGCAGUUCAGGAGAUACCUGGAGAAGGCCGGUGUACUGGACAGUCUGACUAAUGUGCUGGUGGCCUUAUACGAGGAGACGGAGAAACCCAGCAAUGCCCUGGAUUUUAUAAAGCAGCAUCUGACUGCAGGAGACUCAGACUCCAGCCAGGCCGAGGUUCUCCGAGCGGAACUGGAGGAACUGCAGCAGAAGUAUGACCUGCUCCAGGAGGAGAACCGUGAGCUCAGGAACCAGCUGCUGCAGUAUGAACCAGCUGCUGAAGAUGCAGAAGCACAAUAAUUUUCACACUUAUUUCUACGUAAAUAUUUCUUCUUAUUAUUAGAGCAAUAAUUAUAACAGUGAUGAUCUCAUCACUGUUAGUGAGUUGUGUUCACCACUACACUGUUUUGUUUGUGUAUUAUGUAAAAAAGUAUAAUUUAAUUUGUUUAGUGUUUUACUUGCUGUUUAACCAAAAUACACUCGUUUCUGCA